AUGAAAUCUCGAGAAAAGUCUUCGCGGAAUAAGGAAAGUCAACGGUUUUCUUAUAUUUUACCUGCACCUAGUAGUACGGCUACGAUUCCAACUAUGGAGGAGGUACUUAACGGCCGACUUACAAAAAAGGAAAAGAUUCAUAAAACUGAAGAUCCUUCAGAAACCAAGCACCGCGUUGGUAAAGAAAAGCAAAAAAUAAAAUCCUUACACAGUACAACUCGACAUGAAUGGUCAGAAACUUCUCGACAUAUACCACCACAACCUCCUAAACUUCCACGACUACCUACCAUGGAAGAGAUACUGGACGUGAACCGGCGCGUCAAGGUAGAAGAGCCUGAAGAAAAUUAUGAUUCUUCAAGUGAUUCGUCUCCAUAUACUCCAUAUGAUUUUUCCCAAACUUUACCCCUCAUGGAGGAAGUUUUAGAUGUGAAGCGUAGUUUCACAUUCGAAAAAAUCUUUAACAAAAAUGGACACCAUGCCCACAAUGGAGGAGAUAUUGAACAGAAAAUUGACAGAGACACCAAAUUACCAUAUCGCGACUCGGUCAUCCAAGCAAAGUCGGAUCCACAAAUUCCUAUUCCAUUGCCCGCUUUAUCAACCUUAUCAACGGUCCGUAAAGUUCAAGUUGACAACGUCGAUCCACCAAUGUCGCCCACGGCAUUUACCUUCAAAAUGAAGGUUCAAGAUUUUGAUAACCAAAUUCCCAUUUCAUCUACUACUCAUAAAACAAAAGCAGAAAACAUGGAUCAACCAAUAUCUAAUUCACAUAAAGCCAAAACAAACAUAACAACUGCGAUUGCAAAGGGCGAUAAUGUCUCUAAAUCUACCGUUUCAAAAAUAUCCACUUUUAGUGCACCUGGAAAUCCUAAUGUAAAGCCGUGUUAUUCGUACUCCUCUUUGAUUGGCCAGGCCUUGAUGCAGGCUCCUGGGAGAACACUUGCUCUAGCAGAAAUUUAUAGAUGGAUUUCGGAAACUUAUCCCUUCUAUAAACAGGAUCAGGAUGGUAAUAAGCGACCUCGUACCAAUAUGUCAAGUAACGAUUCUAAUGAAUUGAAAAUAAUCGAUUUUGAUUAUGCUAGAAGUAGCAAUUCAAGUCAAACCGUCGUAGAUAUCGACUCAAGUGAUUCAACUAUCGUUGAUUCUGAUUCAGGAUACUGCGAUUGUUCGGUUUAA